GUCGUCUCCCUCGCUUCGCAUGUUCGUGCGGUCUCCUCACUUGUCUCGAAUCCUCAUCCAGGGUUUAUCCCCCUCAGCCAAGCUUUCGUGGAAAAACAAAUCCAUCGCCUGCGAUUCGAUUAGAUCGUACCAGAGGAAGCCCACAUGGAUCUAGCUUGAUUUCUAGCGGUCUCAGUGCGACCAAUCCGUGGUGAUCCGAUUCGCUCUGGUGAUUUGUGGGAGUCGUCCCGAUUAGCCAUGGUGAGGAAGCUCAGGCGCAAGGGGGACGCCUCCGCGGCGCCGGCGCCCAAGGCCGACGCCCCGGGGUCGGCCGAGAAGAAGGCGGUGAAAAGCGAUUCGGAGAAGCUGAAGGCGGCCGCCGCUGAAUCCGCGGGCACCGCCGAGGCGUCUGCUUCGGCACCGAAGCGGGUCGAGGCGAGCCCGGCGUCCGCCGCAGCGGCUGGCAAUGGUGGGGUCGCUCUGAGCAGAAAGGAGGACAGGAAGGCGAGUGGGAAGGAGCCGAUGAGGGGGAGGGAGGAGGAGAAGGUGAAGGGGCAAGACAGGAAGACGAGCAGUAGGGAUGAGGAUAGCGUGAGGAGGGAAGAGAAGAGGAGGAGGACGGCGGGGGAGGAAGAGGAGGAUGGUGAUGAGAGGGGGUUUAUAUUCAUGUGCAACGCGAGGACGAAACCGGAGUGCUACCGGAGCGGCGUGUUUGGCCUGCCCAGGGGGAAGAUGGAUGUGGUGGAAAGGAUCCGGCCAGGGGCGAAGCUGUUCUUGUAUGAUUUUGACCUCAAGCUGAUGUACGGGGUCUACAAGGCGGAUACAAGUGGAGGUUUGGAUCUUGUGCGACACGCAUUCGAGGGGAAAUUCCCCGCGCAGGUUAAGUUUAGCGUUGACAUAGAUUGUCUUCCUGUUCCGGAGAGUAGUUUUAAGCACGCCAUUAAGGAAAACUACAAUUCAAAAGGCAGAUUCACCCAAGAGCUCAGCCCUAAACAAGUUCAUAGGCUAUUGGAGAUAUUUCAGCCCAUUGGCCGUUCUCAACCAGCUCCACAACAUAUUGAAGAAACACGCCGGCCACUUCUUGUUGAAGAUAGGCGAGAAUCAUAUGACUAUGAAGAAAUACGAUUACCAGAACAUGUUGAAGAAAGAGGCAUACCUAUUCAUGCCCGUUCAUAUCCUCUCGAGGAUCAUUACAAGAUCACACAUUCAUUACAUCCUCCACUUCUUGAUGAGCCUAGGUGUAUUUUGGUGCUAGAUCCUUAUCAUAUGCAAGAGCCUCAACAUGUUCCUCCAAAGUACUAUCACCAAGUGUCUACUAGUUCUUUAAACCAUCAACCUCACAUGGAUAUUCUGCAUGAAAGAACUGCUGCUAAGGCAACUGUUAGGGACCCACUUCUCGCAAGAGAUUAUGGAGCACUGCCAGGGGAGCUUGCUGCACGCUCCGAACGUGUGGAUGAGCUGUACCGUUCUUACAAACUUUCUACGCGUGCCAUGGACCUCCAGCCAGGACCGUCCUACGUGUCACCCUAUCAGAACUCCUCUAGUCUUUACUACGGCGAAAGUCUUCAGAGGCCUGUUGUUGCAAGGGUUAGGGGCCCUAGUGUGCCUGUGUCCAGCCGUUACUCCUUUGGUCCACCAUGAAAUGCACAGCCCCAGUCAGUUUUACCAGCCAAUGGCUUCUUGUACACCUUUGGAAGCCAGGAUGGAACUUGAUGGGUAGUAGCUACUGCAGCCUAUCGUAGCUUUUGAUUUGUUCCGCUAGGUUACUGUAUGGAAUGUGGGUCUCGGUUCUCUUUUUGUGCAUCGGUUGUCAUUCAGAAUCUUCUCUGUUAAUCUGUAUUCGGUGAUAUGUCGCCGCAGUCGUUCAGUCCAUCAUGGCCGCUUGGCUUAGAAACAAGGGGUGGGUCGAGUAGUUCUUGUGAAACUCGUUCUGCAGAUAGAACUCUUCACAAGCAAAGCUUCAGAAUUAUUAGUCUUGGAUGAAGUUUGUAGCAACUAUUGCAGGGAAUCAAUUACCGCAACAUUUGCCGAGUCGUGCCA